AUGGCUGGAUCCCCAGUUUCCUUUUCUUCUUCCUCCUCCUCCUCCUCGCCCUCCUUCCUCUCCUCCCGCCUCCUGGGCACCAUCAUCCGCGUUACAUGCCUCCUCGCUUGCCUCGCCAUCAUCGCCUUCUUCGGCGUGAGCUACUGGGCGCUGCGGGCCACUAAUCUCACGCCACGUGUCGAGGAGUUUAGGGACCACUGGGACUCGUGCGUAAAUCAGCCCAUGGGCCACUGGGUCAAGCUCGCGGUGCCGUCUUCGCGCGGCGUGCCCUGCUCGCACAUAGUUAAAGCGGCGAUUAAGAGAGGAGAGGCCGGGGUGGAGCGAGGCCGGCUGCUGCAUCGGCUGCAGCUGAAAGAGCAUCCCGGAAGGGACGGCUGCGCGGUGAAAUACGACGCUGACGUGGACCCCUGGGACAUGCAUCCCGUGCCACGUGGCAAAUUCUCCUACUCGUCCUGCCGCGUGGAAUGGAUCAUCUACUCUUCCGAUUGCGGACUCUCCAUGGUUCGGAUGGCGGAUUUCGCGCACAUGGCGGCCAUUCCGUUUGCCGUGGUGGGAGUGGGCGUGCCCUGGAGAGGCCAGGGCGGCCGCAUGCGGACUAUCCGCGACUACCUCCGCUCGCUGCCGCCCGACCGCAUUGUCAUUUCCACCGACGCCGACGACGCCUUCCUCAUGCCGGGCCCCCGCUGCCGCCCGGAGAAUCUCGUGGAGGCGUUUCUCUCGCUCAACGCGCCCGUGGCCUUCGGUGGCGAGAUCUUUUGCUACCCGGACUGGCGGAAAAUCGAGGUGUUUUACCCUCGGAAAAUCAACGAGACGAAGAACUGGUUCCUGAACUCCGGAGCCUAUGUGGGAUAUGCGUGGGCCCUGGCAAAGAUCAUCGAUGCCACAUACGUAGGAGACUGUAUGCAGGACCAGCGUGCGUACACCCUCGGGUUCAUCGGCCAACAAUACCUAUUCAGGCACCUCCCACGCGUGCCCUACCCUGAAGCCAGCGACUUUGAAUCAGCUCUUAACAGCAUGGGUAGUGUCACUGCGGCUGUGGCCGCCCAGGAAAAGUUCGCUGACUCGCCGUUCCGCAAGCCGUGGCGCAACCCGCGGCCUGUUAAGUACAACACGACGAUGUCGCCGUUCCAUCGGCUGCCGCCCGCAUCAGAAGAGAAGGUGAUCAGCGAGGCGAUGGAGGCGGGGCAGAAGGAUGCGCCGUCCGUCAUGGCUGCUCCGUUCAUGAAGCUGGAUCAUUACAACACGCUGUUCACGCACCUGGGGGGGUAUCCCUGGGAGGAGUUUGAGGUGGUGGGGAAGGGCGGAGAGGCGAUGGUGCGCGCAAAGAGCACGGGCGGCAUGGCGUGCAUUUUGCAUCAGCAGGGAGAUAAGAUGCAAAAUCUGUCCAUGUACUAUGUGUUUGAGCAGGCCAGGCUGGAUGAUGUGCAGGCUGCACGGGGAUAUGUGUAG